AUGCAUUAUUCACAACAUUGGCCAUUCUACUUGUUUAUUCUUUUACCGCUGGUGCUCACAGCAAAACCGAGUUAUAAAGCAAAGCAAUGUUUACGCUAUCGUGACAAUGACAUCUUCGCAGAGACCUGUCCAGCUUAUUCCCAAGGUACAGUCGAUUUCUCUGCUGCUCUCUUUCCUGAUGCCGCCGUGAUAUCAGACUUGAGCAAACCAAACAUUAUAGAGAAGCCAGUCUACAAUGAGCCAGUACACAAAGAACCAGACAAUGGCUUAGAGGAGCCUGCCAAAGCAACGAAUUCACUCCCAUCAAAAAAGACAAACAACGAUGACACAUGGCAAACGCAUGAUACGCAAGACAGCAGGCCCCAUACCACCAUCAAUGAUACAAAACAACAACAAGACGCAGCGUCAAACAACGAAAAGCGAAAACCACUGGUAUCAUUUGAAGAAUGGCAAAAGAAGAUUGCUCAAAUUGAAAACGACAAGGAACGUCGACACAAACGAAAGACGGUAGAAGAUGAAGGAGAUGGAUUGCCCAACAAGAAGCAGCAGAUGGUGGACAGCAUUGAUGGAGGAUUUGCAGAUGAUUUUGGAUCCAUGUUUGAAGAUCUGCUAGGAGGUGUUGGAGGCAAGGACAAGAAGAAGCCCAAUGUCUAUGCUGAGGGAGAAUACAUUGCACCCAGCCAGUCUGGCCCAGACAGCAAGAACAAAAAGAAGCAGCAAUUUGCCGAUGUCCGUAUGAAGUCGUUAAAGGAGAGGUUCAACUACGCGUCAACCGAUUGUGCAGCGACAGUAAGAAAGGUCAACAAACAAGCAAAAGGCGCACAGUCUAUCUUGUACGAGUCAAAGGAUCAGUAUUUGCUAAACAAAUGCUCUGCUGAUAAAUUCGUGAUCAUCAACUUGUGCGAGGAGAUUGUAGUGGAUACCAUUGUCAUGGCAAACUUUGAGUUCUUUUCCAGCACCUUCAAGGAUUUUCGAGUGUACGCUUCAUCCAAGUACCCCACCAAAGACUGGCGACUUCUGGGUCAAUGGCAGGCGAGAAACACGAGAGAUCUGCAAGUAUUCAAGGUGCCAUACAGCGGAUUCUUGGAGUACAUGAAAAUUGAAUUUCUUACUCAUUAUGGCCAUGAGUAUUACUGUCCCCUGAGUCUGGUGAGAGUGCAUGGUAUGCCGAUGCUGGAAUUCUACAACACGGUCGAGAGUAAAGAUCAGUAUCCUGUGCUGGAGGAAGAGCAUUUAUGGCCUGCAGAAGUCCGUGAACAGAUUAUUCAACCUCAAUUUGAUGUAAACGACACUGCUGAAUCCUUUCCUGUCAAGAUGGACUUGGAUGAAGAUGAUGUGAAGCUAAUCAUUCCGCCUAUCAACACUGCAAUAGAGACGCUCACAUCAUUUGAGCCUGAAAAUACGGUGCCGACUCAAACAGACACAGCAUUAGAAGUGAAGGCUGCCAAAACCAUUGUGAAGGAACCAACAGAAAAUGAUAUGGCAGAUAAAACUGCAGAGGAAGAGACAGGGAUUGCUGAGAUUACCAUUACUCAAGUCAUUUCACAGACGGAAAACAGCGUGCCUAUCACACCCAGCGACACAUUGAUAGACGCAAGUAAUACGACUAGAUCAGACACGGUUCCGCUAUCAUCUUCCUCGCCCUCAUCGUCAAGUAAAAAGAAGACCAAAGUUGCAUCUGAUAAAGGAGCUUCAUCGUCGAGUAUCAAGAACCCAAGCAGCACAAGCAGCAACAGUGUUAUUGCAGCUAGCAAUGCUGUCAAGAGCGAUAUUGAUAAUAUGAGCAGCGAGAAUACUGACAGCAGUACUGACAUUGCAAGCGGUCAAACCAGCAAUGAAGCAUCUACUGCCGAUAACGCAGAGGCCGACAGCAACACUGCACAACAUCAUGUAGAUUUGACAGUGUCAACCACAUCAUCUACGACGAUUGUAUUGCCCCAGAGCCCUCUGCCUGCGCCACAGCAACCCAAGCCAAUCCCUCCCAUUGCGCAUCAAAAGGAAGGCAGUACGCAAGAAUCCAUUUACAAAACCAUCAUGAAGCGAUUGAAUGUACUCGAAGUGAAUAUGACACUAUCACAACGCUUUCUGGAUGAGCAAAACAAGAUUCUCAACGAUGUGUUUAUGGACAUGGAGAAACGACACCAAGAUCAACUGAUAUUGCUGAUUGGACACUUGAAUGAAACUGCCAGUUAUAAAAUUGAUAGCAUGAAACGUCGCUACGAGCAAUGGUACGAAGAUUUAAAGGAUCAAACCGAGAGCGAUAUGAGAGAAAUGACGGCAAAGAUUAGUAUUUUAGCAGAUCAGUUAUCCUUUGAAAGAAGGGUGUCUGUGUCUCAACUUGUCAUCAUGAUUACAUUGUUUGUAUUCAUGGCACUGUCCAGAGGGACGUUUAGCACAUUAUCACCUGUCAUGGCUGCACAGCAAGAAGAAAGAAAGCGAAGGGAAUCCAUUGAUCAAUCCUCCGGCUUAUCAAAAGAAACACUAGACAUCUUACAGAGAUCAAGCGAUAAUGCCACAGACGCCACAGUGCCGUCCAUGCCAACUCCCAUUACAGAAGAACCCAAGCUGUCCAUCAUGCGAAAAUUAAGUGAACUACCAAAGAAGCCAAGCAACCCUAGAAGACAUAGCGAUAGUCCAUACCAUAUAAUGGCAACGGCGAGUAACGAUGAUGGCAUGUCACGGAAAUCAAGCUAUGAAUCACUUGGUAUUGAAAUACACAACGAACUAUUGCAUAAGAGAUUAGAUGAUCUAUCGCAACAGCAACAGCAGCAACAAAGACCACCGCUCAGUAAUGACACUUGCAGAAAAUCAAGCUUAGAAAACCUUAAGGAAAGUGCUUCAAUAAUCAAAAAUCGCAAGAGAUCAAGCACAAGCCCGCCGUCUUCAGCUAUAAUUCCAUAG